AUGUACCACAUUAAUAUUCCACCACAACUUACCAUCGAACUGAUAGAUGUAAUUAACAGUGACCCACAACUUAAUUAUCCAAACCUAUCUGAACAUAUUAUACAUCAUAUUGAGUCAACAUUUUCCUUAUUAUUUUCCGUAGAAGAUAAAACAGUCUUAAAUAGUCAAUGUAAAGCAUCAAUCCAGUUAAUGAAAUUAUAUCAUUAUUCAGAUUCAUCAGAUACUGACGAAACAUUAUUAACCACAAAAACAUCAGCAGAUUUACCAAUAACAGAAAUAAUACCACAGGACAAUCAUAAUAUAUUUCAUUGGAAAUUGAAGCACAAUAUAUCCGACCAUGCCAUGAACGAAAUACAUCAUAUUAAUAAUACAAUGCCAAGUGUAUGGAGCUUAAGAAACUUUCGACAAAAAAUGAAUGAAAACAUUAAUGUUAUAAACACUGAAUUUGGAUCAUAUAUUCGAGUUGAAGAUGUAAUAAAAACAUUAAUACAUACAAAUCAAACAUCAAUAUCAAGAAUAAGACGUAGUAUGACAAUACGCUUGUCAAUAGACGGAACCCAGGUCGGUGAAAAAGUAAAAUUACUCGUUUUACUUGUGAGUUGUCCUGAAUUUAGUUCACGUACACAACAAACUGCUUUUAAAUUAUUACCAAUUGGCUUAUUCAAGAUGGAAGAUGAAAACUAUGAUAAUGUAAAACAAGUUAUACCAGAUGAAUUAAUCAAAACGGAAUACAACAAAAUUCGCGAUUAUACAUCAAUGGUGAACAAUUUUCAAUAA